AUGACAAACCUUCCAUUUUCUUCUUUACAGAUCCUCUUGGAACCAGGGGUGAUACAGGACGUCCUGGCAGCUGGGAGUCAUUUGCAGCUGCUGGAGCUUCUCAGUUUAUGUUCUCACUAUCUCAUUGAGGAAUUAAAUAGUUUUAAUUACUUGGACCUGUAUAAGCUUGCGGACCUCUUCAACCUGACUUUGUUGGAGAAUGCAGUCAUUGGCUUCCUAGUAAAACAUCUCUCUGAGCUACUGAAGAGUCAUCCUGAAGAAGUUCUGGCACUCCCAUACUGUCUUCUUCGAGAGGUUUUUAAAAGCGAUAGACUCACUUCACUCAGUGAAGAACAGAUCUGGCAGCUGGCUGUAAGUUGGUUGGAACACAACUGCCGCUACCAGUACCUGGAUGAGCUUCUCCAGUACGUCCGCUUUGGCCUUAUGGAUGUGGAUACGUUGCAUACUGUAGCUCUUACUCAUCCUCUUGUCCAAGCAAGUGAAACUGCGACAGCACUCAUUAACGAGGCCUUGGCUUACCACCAGAGCGUCUAUGCACAGCCAGUUUGGCAAACAGCAAGGACAAAACCCCGCUUCCAGUCAGACACUCUCUACAUUAUUGGUGGGAAAAAACGUGAAGUCUGUAAAGUGAAGGAAUUGCGAUACUUCAAUCCGGUAGAUCAGGAGAACGUUCAUAUCGCAGGGAUUGCUAACUGGAGUGAGCUGGCACCUAUGCCUGUAGGGAGAAGCCACCACUGUGUUGCUGUCAUGGGAGACUUUCUUUUUGUAGCUGGCGGAGAGGCAGAGCACUCCACAGGGCGCACGUGUGCGGUGAGAACAGUCUGUCGAUAUGACCCUCGCACUAACUCUUGGGCUGAGAUAGCUCCGAUGAAGAACUGUCGGGAACACUUUGUGCUGGGAGCCGUGGAUGAGUACCUGUAUGCCGUAGGGGGCAGAAAUGAAUUGCGUCAAGUGUUACCUACAGUGGAACGCUAUUGCCCCAAGAAGAACAAGUGGACCUUUGUUCAGUCCUUUGAUCGAUCGCUCUCGUGCCAUGCGGGAUAUGUGGUGGAUGGUCUUCUUUGGAUAUCAGGUAGAAAACGUUUCACACAGUUUGAGGAGGAGUAACAAAUACUGCGCAGUAUCAAAACAGGCUCAUGGUCUAUGAUCCUAAGCAGAAUAAGUGGUUAAGCCGUAGCCCAAUGUUGCAGAGGAGAGUGUAUCA